GAGACCCAAGGCCAGUGCUGGCCACAUCCCUCUGCGACAGCUGGCUGCAGCCACACCUCCGAAUAAGCCUCCCCUUGGUGUUCCAGUCCCAUUUCUCACCGCAUUGCAAAGCUGGACUGAGCUGCUGGAGCAGCACACAGCGCAGGCAGCCUAGGCAACCUGAGGCCCAGAUGGAGAUUAACAAGAAGAUCCCCCAGUGACUGCAAAUGUAGGAAGAUCGUAACACUCUGGAGUAAAGAAUCAAUGCCAGCAUGUCUGCCCACUACAGCAGUAACAGCUAUGAGAGAGACGCAGAUUACCCUGACUAUUCAAGGCCUCAGGACCCUAAGAAGGAGUAUUUGAAAACUCAGAAUUAUCGAGAUUUUCCAAAUUCUCUGAACAAUCCAGACUAUCCCAGCACCAGGAGCAAUGCACACUCCGUAGGCUCUAGAAUAAAUCUAGACUUUCCUGGGUCUCUAGCAGAACCAGAUUAUCCUAGAUCUCCAAGUACUCCCGAUUAUCCCCCCAUCAGGAAUAAUCCCUAUUCUGAGGAUUCCAGGACAGGUUCAGGCUAUCACAGAUCUCUGCCAGAGCCUGAUUAUAUUGAAUCACAGAGCAGUCUACACCACUUAGGCUCGGUCAGAGAGCCAAAGACUCAUGGAUUUCAAAGAAAUUCUGAUUUUGAAGAUUCCGGAAUCAGUGGGAACUAUGCAGGUGCCAGAACAAAGCUAGAUCGUUUUGGAUCCUUGGGAGAAGCAGACUAUCCUGGCGCUAAAGGCAACUCUAACCAUCCCGGCUCUAGAAGAAAUCUAGGUUAUGCUGGUCCAAGAGUCAGUCCAUACGCAGACUCUCUGGAACAGCCUGAUUAUCCUGGUGCUGAGAAUCAACACAACUCUUCCCACUCUUUUGGGGAACCAGACUAUCCUGGUGCUGUGAACCAUCAGAAUUCUCCAAAUGUUUGGGGAGAACCUGAUUAUCCAGGUGCUAAGGAUGGUCAUGGUGAUAGCUUUUCUGAGACCCAAAAAAUGACCAGGUGGGGUAAUGGGCCCUUGGGCAUCCUUGGAAGACAGCAUGAAGGUUACCCUGAAAGCGUUGAAAUGACAUCAGUGAAGGUGGCAAAUCCAUAUGGCCCCUCUCUACCAAGUGAUCCUAGAAAUGGCUAUGUGAACCCUGCUUUUGAGGGUGAAAAUAUCCCUCUUCAUGCUAACAGAAACCUACUGUUAUCUGAAUGUGACUGGCACGAGUCACCCCAAGGACAAAAGUUAAUCACAUCCCUGAUACCCAUGACAUCUAGAGACAGAAUUAAAACCAUCAGGAACCUGCCAAGGACCAUGGAAGAGAAAAGGAGGCUUAGAAACAUAGUUGACAAAGAGAAAAGUAAACAGCCCCAUCACACCCUCCACAGUUGCUGGGCUCAUUGUUUGGACUCCAUUUCUCUGGAUUAUCGGAGAUCCAAGAGCAGUCUUUCUGAGUUCUUCAGUUCCAUCAGCUUAUGGCAAAAGACACUCAAGGUCAUCGGAGGCAAGUUUGGAACCAGCGUCCUCUCCUAUUUCAACUUCCUGAAGUGGCUUUUGAAGUUCAACAUUUUCUCCUUCAUCGUGAACUUCAGCUUCAUCAUAAUCCCUCAGCUGACGUUGCCCGGAAGGAACACGCGCCCGUUCACCGGGCUGGAGAUCCUCACUGGGGCGGGAUCUUUUACAGAAACAGUGAUGUACUAUGGCUUUUACACCAAUUCUACGAUCAGGCAUGGGAGUAGCGGGCCAUCCUAUGACAUGCAGCUGGCCUAUAUCUUCACAAUUGGAGUGUCCCUGGUCAUCUGCUUCUUCAGUUUGCUUUACAGCAUGGCCAAGUAUUUCCGGAACAACUUCAUUAACCCCCACCUGUACUCCAGAGGAAUCGCUAAACUUAUCUUCUGCUGGGACUUCACUGUCACUCACGAAAAAGCUGUAAAGCUAAAGCAGAAGAACCUUAGCACGGAGAUUAGGGAGAACCUGUCUGAGAUCCUCCAGGAGAAUGUCAAGUUCACAUUCCGCCAGCAGCUGGCCCGCUUUUCCGCUCACAUAGCAGCCUGGCUAGUCUCAACUGGUGUGGCUAUUGCCUGCUGUGCAGCUGUAUAUUACCUGGCUGAGUACAACUCCGAGUUCCUGAAGACACACACGAACCCUGGGGCAGUGUUGUUAUUGCCUUUUGUGGUGUCCUGCAUCAACCUGAUUGUGCCACGCUUCUACUCCAUGUUUGGGCUGGUGGAGAGGUAUGAGAUGCCACGGCACGAAGUCUACAUCCUCCUGAUCCGAAAUGUCUUCCUAAAAAUGUCAAUCAUUGGAAUUCUCUGUUAUUAUUGGCUCAACACUGUGGCACUGUCUGAUGAAGAGUGCUGGGAAACCCUCAUUGGCCAGGAAAUCUACCGUCUCCUUCUGAUGGAUUUCGUGUUCUCUUUGGCUAAUUCCGUCCUGGGGGAAUUUUUGAGGAGGAUCAUUGGGAUGCGAUUCAUCAAAAGCCUUGUCCUGCAGGAGUUUGAUAUUGCUAGGAAUGUUCUAGAACUGAUCUACGCACAAACUCUGGUGUGGAUUGGGAUCUUCUUCUGCCCUCUGCUGCCCUUGAUCCAAAUGAUUUCUCUCUUCAUCAUGUUUUAUGUAAAAAAUAUCAGCCUGAGGAUGAACUUCCAGCCUUCCAACAAAGCCUGGCGGGCCUCCCAGAUGAUCACGGUCUUCAUCUUGCUGCUCUUCUUCCCAUCCUUCACCGGAGCGCUGAGCAUCCUGGCCAUCACCAUCUGGAGGUUGAAACCUUCAGCUACCUGUGGCCCCUUCCGAGGUCUGCCUUUCUUCAUUCAGUCCAUCUACCUUUGGAUUGACACCCUACACAGAAGGUCUGGGUACAUGUGGGUUGUCUGGAUCUAUCAGAACCUCAUCGGCAGUGUGCACUUCUUUUUCAUCCUUACCCUCAUUGUGUUAAUCAUCACCUAUCUUUACUGGCAGAUCACAGAGGGAAGGAAGGUUAUGAUCAGGCUGCUCCACGAACAGAUCAUUAAUGAGGGCAAAGAUAAGAUGUUCCUGAUAGAAAAGCUGACCAAGCUGCAGGAGAUGGAGAAGAUAGAAAACCCCAGGGCACUUAUUCUGGAAAGGAGACAGACAGAGCAACAAGGCCCUCUGCAUCUGAAGGAAGGUGAUGCUACUCCUGACCUGCGAUUUAGGCGAUCAGUUCAAGAAGAUCAUUUAAAGGCCUGAUGGCUGCUGCAGUAACCAGACACUAUCUGAAAGAAGAUAAAAAUGGGACAAAUUCUUCCAUGACACUUGGGCCUUUAGCAGCUUCUCAGAAGGAGCAUCCAAGCCUUUUAGCUGGGAGUGGAAAAUCCACGAUGUCAGUGUUUAAGUAAAAUUGGGCAUACUGUUUUCUUUCAAACUGAGCUUGCUGACUUUUCAAGAUAACAUACUUGAGAUUUUCCAGUAAAAAGACUGUUGAAAUAUUGAAAUCAGCCCAGAAAAUGUGAGAAGAUAUAAUCUGAGAAUGAAGUACUUCAAGAAAUGUGUACCUGAAUUAUUGGUGUUUAGCAAUCUCUCCUCCUAGACCUGACAAAGGUUUAGAAACUGGUGAGAUGAAAAGUGGUCCAGAAUGAAUAAAAACGAUCCUUAAUCAGGCACAUGAA